AUGGCAGAGAAGAAUCUCACCUUAGUGACUGAAUUCCUCCUUAUUGCGUUCACAGAGUGGCCUGAAUGGGGACUCCCUCUCUUCCUCCUAUUUCUAUUUAUCUAUGUCAUCACCUUGUUGGGGAACUUGGGGAUGAUUACUCUGAUCCACAUGGAUCGCCGGCUUCACACCCCAAUGUACUUCCUUCUGAGUCACCUCUCCUUCAUGGACAUCUGCUACUCAUCUGUCACUGUUCCUCAGAUGUUGGCCAUGUUGUUGGAGCAUGGGGCAGUUUUAUCCUACACACGAUGUGCUGCUCAGUUCUUUCUGUUCACCUUCUUUGGUUCCAUUGAGUGCUACCUCCUGGCCCUCAUGGCCUACGACCGCUAUGUGGCUGUGUGCCAACCCUUACUUUAUGUCACCAUCAUGACACAGAAGGCCCGUUCGGGUUUUGUGGCUGGGGCUUACAUUGCUGGUCUCUUCAGUGCUUUGGUGCGGACAGUCUCAGCUUUCACUCUCUCUUUCUGUGGGACCAAUGAGAUUGACUUCAUUUUCUGUGACUUUCUGCCUGUCUUAAAGCUGACCUGUGGGGACAGCUAUACCCAGGAGGUGGUAAUUAUUGUGUUUGCCAUUUUUGUCAUUCCUGCCUGCAUGGUGGUGAUCUUAGUGUCUUACCUGAUCAUCAUUGUGGCCAUUAUGAGGAUCCCCUCAGCUGACGGUAGGGCCAAGACCUUCUUUACAUGUGCCUCUCACCUCACCGCUGUGUCACUCUUCUUUGGCAUUGCCAUCUUCAUGUAUAUGAGAGAUAACUCUAGCCAGUCCCCAGAGGAGGACCGGGUGGUGUCUGUGUUCUACACAACAGUGAUCCCCAUGUUGAACCCACUCAUCUACAGCCUGAGGAACAAAGAGGUAAAGGAGGCCCUGAGGAAAAUUCUCAGUAGAGUCAAAUUAUCCUAA